AUGUCAGGAGCCCAUAUAGAUCAAGGUGUACAAACAGAAGUUGAAUCCAUUGAAUUCAAAAAAUUAGCCGCCCAGUGGCAAAAUGAAGAAUACACAGAAAGGAAAAAGAAUGAAGUAUUAAAGAAUGAAAUAAUGAAACGAAUUAAGGAAACUACUGAAUUGAUUGAGAAAGCUGAGGGGAAAGUUGAAGUUUUUGAAUGGGAUCAAUUGUAUGAUUUAUCUUCUAAUAUCCUUGAAGAAUAUACUAAGAAUGUGGAUUCUACUUUAAAUCGUUUGGACAAAUUAUACCAUAAACAAUGUUUAUGGAAGGAAACUGCGUUUGUUAUAGAUUCCCAUAGGGGAGCAACGUCCAUUGGUAAAGCUGAGGAAUGGAUGAAGCAAAAGGAAAAACACUUAGAAUAUAAGCAAGUUGAAUUGGAAAGGUCAGCAAAUGAGAUAAGGAAAACAGUGGAAAGGUUAACUAAGGAGAAAUAA